AUGACAGAUUUUAAUGUAGACAAUAUAAUUUCAUCAAUUAGAAGCGGUAAUUCGGUAGAAGAAAGCAAUGUACUUCAAGUCCUCGCAAAAUUGCAAGAAAUUCUCUACAACGAAAACACAAUUAUCGAAGUUCAAUCACCAACAUACAUUGUAGGGGAUAUUCAUGGUCAGUUAUAUGAUUUAUUCAACAUGUUUGAUACACUAAAUCCGAAAGGAACAAAAAAUCUGAAAUACGUUUUCAUGGGAGAUUACGUCGACAGAGGUAGGUUCUCUCUGGAUACAUUUAUUUAUCUGGCAGCACAUAAAGUGAAGUAUCCGAAGCAGUUUUUCUUGCUCCGAGGAAAUCAUGAAUGCAGAACUGUCAAUGCUGCUUACGGCUUUUAUUCAGAGACACUUCAGAACUUUGGACAUUCCGGUAUUUGGUUACUUUGCAACGAAAUCUUCGAUUUAUUACCUUUAGCCGCCGUUAUUGAUAAUAAAAUAUUUAGUGUUCAUGGAGGGUUAUCUCCUCGUAUCACAUUAAUCGAUUCAAUCAAUAUGUUUGAUAGACAGAUCGAUUUACCGACUUCUGGACCGUUUGCAGACCUAGUUUGGAGCGAUCCAGACGCAGAUUGCACAGAAUGGCGGCCAAAUGUUAGAGGAGCUGGAUGGAUGUUCGGAAAACGUCAAGUAGACGCAUUUUGCCAUCAAAACAAGAUUCAACUGAUAACACGUUCUCAUCAGCUUGCAAUGAAUGGUUUCCAGAGUUAUUUCAACGACAAACUUUACACUGUUUGGUCUGCUCCAAAUUACAUGUACAGAGCAGGCAACAAAGCAACAGUUAUGAAAAUUGAACUUGAUUCAGGUAAAUUUUACAGCCUGACUUACUUCGAAGCAUGUCCUAAUGACAAAAGAAAGAUUGUUGAAGACACAUCUCUAUCCCAAUACUUUGUUUAA